AUGUUGCCUUCAGUAUGUACGAUAGCCCGGAGAGGUAUAUGUUUUUCAAGAGGCUUACUCAAAGGCCAUUCAAAAUGGCAGAACAUCAAAGAAACAAAGGGUAAAAAUGACAUGCUUAGGUCGAAAGCGAUAACAGCUUUGCUGACGAAGGUCAGAUCUGCCGUGCAACGUGGAGGCUUUGACACGAAACUUAAUCGAGAGUUAGCAGGAUUGGAGCAGGAGUUUCGGGCAAAAGGACUCCCUUUAGACACUUUCAAAAAAUUUUUGGUCAAGAUGAAAGAGAGACCUGAAGUUGAGGUUCAACUCAAUGUCAUCGGUCCAUCUGGGACGUUUUUCAUAAUUGAAGCCGAAACAGACAACAAAAAAGUGUUGGAAAACACAAUGCGUAAAUAUUUCAAUAAAGUGGGUGGGUUUCGUUUUGCUUCUGAAGCGUCAGCAGUACAGAGUUGGUUUGAACAAAAGGGAGUCUUGAGCGUCAGUGAGAAGGCGAAAGGUGAAUCCGUGCCUAUGGAACAGAUGGAGGAAAUCGGGAUCGAAUUGGAUUGCGAAGACGUGUCCCUUGUUGAAGACGAGCAUCGCUUAUACGAAUUAGUAUGUGAGCCGGGAAGGUUAACAAAAGUAGAGACUGCCUUGACUGAGAAAGGGUUCGUGGUCGAGUCGGCUGAGCUUCAGUACAGACCUCUUCAUCCUAUCCAUAUUGAGAGCGAGGACGCAGCGAAAGUAGGAAAGUUGUAUGAGUUUCUACAGGAAGACGAGUCAAUACGACAAAUAUAUGACAACAUUGUGCCAUCUUAA